AUGGAGGUCAAAGGAAACCGUCAGCUGUCUGAUAACCAGCAUUUUCCAAAAUUUGUACAAGUUUGGAAAAACAUAAUGAAAAGAAGAGCCAAGAAAUCUACAACCUGCACUCAGUGUGGAAAGAGUUUCACAAACAAACAACAUCUUGAGAUUCACAUGAGAGUUCAUACAGGAGAGAAACCGUUCACGUGUGAUAAGUGUGGAAAGAGAUUCAGUCAAUCAUCAAGCCUUAAAGCACACAUGAGGAUCCACACUGGAGAGAAGCCGUUCACGUGUGAUCAAUGUGGGAAGACCUUCAAACAAAAAGGACAUCUUAAGAGUCAUAUGAAAGUUCACACUGGAGAGAAGCUACACACAUGUGAUCAAUGUGACAAAUCAUUUCUUAGGUCAUCAACCCUGAAGAAACACCUGACAGUUCAUACAAAGGAGAAGCCACAUUCAUGUUCUAUGUGUGGAAAGAGUUUUUCACUGCAGUCAUAUUUAAAUGAACAUGAGAAAAUACACACUGGUGUGAGAGAGUACAUGUGCUUUGAGUGUGAGAAGACUUGUACUACAUGGAGCGAUUUAAAAAAGCACCAGAGAAUUCACACUGGAGAAAAACCUUACAAGUGUUCACACUGUGACAACAGAUUCAGUCAGUUAGCACAUUUGAAAACACAUAAGAGGAUUCACACUGGAGAAAAACCUUACAAGUGUUCAUACUGUGACAACAGAUUCAGUCAGUUAGCACAUUUGAAAACACAUGAGAGGAUCCACACUGGAGAAAAACCUUACAAGUGUUCACACUGUGACAAGAGAUUCAGUCGGUCAGAACAUCUGAAAACACAUGAGAGGAUCCACUCUGGAGAAAAACCUUACAAGUGUUCACACUGUGACAAGAGAUUCAGUGUGUCAUCACAUCUGAAAACACAUGAGAGGAUCCACACUGGAGAAAAACCUUACAAGUGUUCACACUGUGACAAGAGAUUCAAUACGUCAUCAACUCUGAAAGCACAUGAGAUGAUCCACAGCAGAGAGAAGCCGCACACGUGUGAUCAGUGUAAAAAGAGUUUCUCUUUUAAAAGUCACCUGAAGAUACACAUGAAGAUCCAUGCAGUGGAGAAACCACAUCACCGCAGUCUGAAAUGAAGUAGUUCAUUUUUAUGUGCUGAACAAAAAAUCUCUUCUGUGUAAGUUAGCCACAGCCAAAUCUCUCCUCUCCAGCUAUAGUUGGCACCAUGGGCGACAAGUUUUAUUUAUUUAUUUAUUGCAGUUACAAAACGUAUUUUUGUACCUGCAUCAGCAAAUUAUUCACAAAAAUUUUAAGCAAACAAGUUUAGCCCUUUAACGACCCAGUGGUCUGCUGGCGGGACGAUAAUAAAAGUAGCCUAAUAAUAACAAUAAUUUAACAGCCCUGUGUGCCCAUCCGCUAUACGCCACUGUGAAGGGAUAAACGGUGUUCAGGCACGGCAUCAAAGCGAUUACCUGUUUAAUCAAAAUCCAUAUGCGUGGACUGUUCAAUAUUCAGUACUGCAAUGUCUGAGUCUCUCCAGUCACAUGAUGUUUAUCAUGUGUUUUCAGUCGGCGCAACAAAGAAAUGUUUACUAGACUGUGGACUAGCUUUGCUCUCUGAAUAGUGGCAGCCUGCAGCUGAAUUUUUGUGAUCACUGAAGCCCCGGGUAUACUUCGGCCGUCCGCGUUUGUGAAUUUGAUGUUCGUAAUUUUCGUCAUGUGGCAGGCUCAUGGCCAGCCGCACACCCCGCCCGCAUGAAGCCCAAAUUUUGAGACCGCGCAGAUGGUGCACAUGCAACCGCGCAUACGCAAGCAAGACGGAAGAGCCCACUAGGUGGCAAUACGCACAGUACUGAGCACAAUGUGCAGUCGUCAAAGAAGAGUGUAAAAAGUGAUUCAAAAACAAGACAAACUCAGAGGCAUGCUUUCCCCAUCAUUUUUUAAUUCCUGUUCUCUUGGUGUAUCUUCUGAACUAUGUUGCAAUGGUGGAUGCAAUAAUUUUCUUCUCCGAUCCUGCCCAGAGAAUUUCCCAUUGAUGACAUGAUGUCUGG